CACACAUUUACUUUCAUUUUGCACUCUGCAAUCAUGGCUGCCGAGUCGAGCAAAGGCACCGACGCGCAGCUGGCCAGUGACUUGGCCGAUAAGUCCCUGGAGCAUCCCACCGAAAUCUCCAAAGCAGCAGACGACCUUGCGAGCGGUAAUGUCGACGAGGAGGGGGACGAAGACGAUGAUGAGGGGGGCGAAGACGAGCAGACCACAGGCGUAAGCGGCACGGGCUCAACAGCAGCGAAAAAGAAGAAAAAGAAGCCGCGGAAAAAGAAGAAGAAGGCUACAGCAGACGACGAGCCUCCCGAACUCAUUCCUGCCACAACGGCCGCCGCAUCGAAACCCAAAGGCGCUCCUGUUCAAGACCUACAAGCCCUCCUCAACCAGCUCGCUCUAUCUCAAGGCCCGAAGAAGGAAGGCAAGGCGCCGGAAGACUACAAGUUCUGGAAGACGCAGCCUGUGCCUCAAUUCCAGGCCCCGAACCUCCUACAAACCACCUCCUCCUCUAAUGGCGAGUCGCUGCCCGAAGGCGCCAUCCUCCCCGACAAAGUAUGCAGAGCGAGCGCGAAGCCAGAGCCCGGUGCUCUGCUAGAUGGCUUCGAGUGGUGCCUGGUGGACCUCGAGAAUGACAGCGAAAUCCAAGAGUUGUAUGACUUGCUGGAUAAUCAUUAUGUCGAAGACGCCGACGCGAGUUUCCGCUUCCGGUACAGCAAGCAGUUCCUCUCGUGGGCAUUGAAGCCACCCGGCUGGAAGAAAGAAUGGCACAUUGGCGUCCGCACGACGUCUCAGGAAGACAAAAAGGGAAGGUUGGUCGCCUUCAUUGCCGGCAUCCCCGUGACCAUGAAAGUGGGGGAGAGCAAAUUCAAUGCCACCGAGAUUAACUUCCUCGCCAUUCAUCGCAAACUGAGGGGAAAGAGAUUAGCGCCCGAAUUGAUCAAGGAGGUCACGAGAAGAUGCUAUCUGAACGGCAUCUAUCAAGCUUUGUACACGGCCGGCACACUGCUUCCCACCCCAGUGUCCACCUGCAGAUACUUCCAUCGCAGCCUCGACUGGGAGCACCUCUACAAAACAGGCUUCAGUCAUCUACCACCUGGAAGCACCGAGUUGAAGCAAAAGUAUCGGUACAAGGUGGAGUCACACACCAGUCUCAAAGGCUUGCGGCCGAUGAAGAAGGAAGACGUGCCUGCCGUGAAGGACCUGUUGACCCGAUACCUCGAUCGCUUCCAUCUCCGGCAGGACUGGACGGACGAAGAGAUUGAGCACUGGCUCUGCUCAGAGGCGAGUAAAGGCGUAGUAUGGACCUCCGUCGUCGAAAUCGACGGCAAAAUCACCGACUUUGUGAGCUACUACUUGCUCGAGUCCACCGUUCUCCGCUCCAACAACCGCCAAGACACCAUCCGCGCCGCCUACCUCUUCUACUACGCCAGCGAAUCCGCCUUCGCGUCCACCUCCGCAAAGCAAACCCCCAAACAACUCCAAGAAUCCCUCGCCGCGCGCCUCCAACUCCUCAUGCACGACGCCCUCAUCCUCGCGAAAAAGGACGACUUCCACGUCUUCAAUGCCCUCACGCUGCUCGACAACCCGCUCUUCCUGCGCGAGGAGAAGUUCGAGCCCGGCGAUGGGAAGCUGCAUUACUACUUGUUUAACUGGCGCACGAAGCCGUUGGGGGGUGGGGUUGAUGCGGAGAAUCGGAUUGAUGUGAAGAAGAUGGGGGGCAUUGGGGUUGUGAUGUUGUGAGGGAGAAGGGGUUGAGGGGCUGGUAGGUUGCGAGGUUCCCAUGUAGCCUUGAGCAGGACAGUACCUUGAAAAUGGCAGGACUGCUGCCUCUACAGUCCCCCGUGUUUUUGACGGGCUGAAAUGGAGUGUCCUCGUACUCUCGGUAGAAGCAAUGGCAAACA